GUGGGUUACACAUGGUGUUCUUUUCGCUCUUUCCUUUGUAAUUAUUGACUGCACACAAUGGCUAACGAAAACGACAGCGAAGGAUGGCAGCUAGUUUCCACGCCAAGCAAGACGCGAGCGCCACCGUCAUCAAAACGUGAGCGAGGCAAGACAACACGCAGACCGUCCACGAGAGCAGAAGAUCGCAGCAGAGACAGAAACGCGAUAGCAGAAGAAGGAGACGCAGUGGAAGCAGCACAGGCCAUUCACACCGAGGGCAACUCGCAAUCAAGAGUAGAAAAAAACGUCGUGCCAGCCACUCCGCCACCACUAGACGCGAAUCCGUGGAAGAAGAAUGCAGCGCGUGCAGGCGCAGACUCAAAAACAGCAGCAGGAAACGGCGUGCCUAGAGUCACAAGUCAAAAGGUGACGAACAAGCAGAAGAAAACAGGCAAAUCUGUUGUGAAAGCGCCUGACCACAGUAUGCCAUUAUCAUGGCCCACACCUGGGGAGAUGGCUAAGGUCAAUAGUAAUGGAAAGGGGAACUUGUCAGCUGUGAAAGGAAAUGGAAUAGCAUGGCAGAAUGAGAAAAGAAAUGAAACAAACUCUGAAAGCACGGAUGAAGGACAGACAGACAAAUCUGCAAAGAAGAAAGGUGGUCGGCAAAGAUGGGUUCCCUUAGAUCUUCGUGGUGGAGAUUCAAUAAAUGGAGACCUUGGUAAACGCGUUGAAGGGCGAGAUAUGUUUAAUCGUCCUCCAAGAUGGAAAUCAUCAUGGGAGAGACCAACAUUAAGAGGAAGAGGAAGAGGAGGAGGUUUUUCAAGAGGAAGAGGAGGACGUAGACGUCCGCCCAGAAUGGAUUCGGGAAUACAGAUGUAUGGUUCUGGCUCUGAUCUCGGCUACAGCAUAGGAGGAGGCAUCUAUUUUGAUGCAACUGCUGGAGCUGUUUAUGCAGUAGGUCAUGCCUAUGAAAUGCAGUACUUUCCUUCAACGUAUGUUCCUCCCAUGGAUGACGAGACAGUAAAAGAUGCUGUCAGAAAUCAAAUAAAUUACUAUUUCAGUGAUGAGAAUUUAUCAGGUGAUAUUUUUUUGAGGCGUCAGAUGGAUAGUGAAGGGUUUAUUCCUCUUCAUCUUGUUGCUGGUUUUUAUCGUGUUCAGUCUCUUUGUCAAGACUAUGAUCUUAUUAGAGAGGCAAUGAGUGAGAGUGACAUGGUAGAACUUGUGGAUGAGAAACUACGGAGACGAGAAGGAUGGGAUAUUUGGCCUAUACAGGGUCCUCCUUUGGAUCCCACAUUGACAGUUGAAGCACAAGAAUUUGCGAAUGGUUACAGUAUGACUGGCAACGAGCUGUGGAGUGUUGGAGAGACUGAGAAUUUUGUGGUGGAGGGUCUGGAAAACAUUGCAGAAGGAGAAGAAAGAAGGGAAGGGGGUGUCAUUGUAUCUCAUGCUUUAGAUGGAAAUAAGAUCAGUAAUGAGAGAAGGAAGAAACAAAAUGAAGAAAAUGGUGAGGAUGGUCACUGGACUGAAGUGAGGCGAAAGAGACAGUUAUCAAGAACUAGAGGCAGUGAGGAGAGAUCAAGUGCUGAGAGAGAAGAAUUGGUCAGUACUGGCGAACAAGAAGAGUUGGAUUUCAUGUUUGAUGAAGAACUAGAGCAGAUGGGAAGAAAGCACUUUUCAGACAACAUUGACAACUGGUCUGACUCAGAUGAUGAUGACGAUGUUCAGGAUGAAGAUGUUGAUAAUAUAUUAAUAGUGACACAAGCUCUCAGUUCAGCACGACGGUAUGAUCGAACUGGCAUGCAUUUGACAAGAGCUAAGAUGACAACAGACAUAGCGGAAAUGAUCAAUGAUGGUCUGUUUUACUAUGAACUUGAUCUGCAAUCAAGAAAGGAAGUCAGCUAUAGGCUGAAGAAAGAGGAGUUGUCUCAAUCUUGGCAAAAGGUUGGUUUGAUGAAGGAAGCAGACUUUGCAGCUCUUAAAGAAACUCAAGAGUCAGAGAAAGUGAGAACUUCAGACCAUCAGAUUGAGCCGGUCUCACCCCCAACUCCACCAUUGUCGCUGAGCGGUGAUGACUGGGAAAGAGGGAUAAAACUGAAUGAGGAAUGGCCAGCUGUUCAGGGAAGAGCGAGCGAGCAACCUUGUGAGGUUGUCUCCAAGUUGCCGUCAGAGACAUCUAAUCUGUCAGAGACAGUAGCAGAAUCUGUGGCACCAGUUGAUGUAUCGUUGGAUAGUCAAUUGUCACAGCCAGGCAACACCACGACGAGAGAUAAGGCAAGGUUUUACCCUUUGCCUCCAAAAGCACAGAUGAGCAGUACUGAGAAAGAAAGCUUAGUUGACAAGACUCCUAUGAAACAGAAAUCCAAGUACAGCAGCAACCCUCCUGUUGAGAGUCAUGUUGGGUGGGUGAUGGGUAGAAAACGACACAGAAAGAGAACAAACUCUGGAAGUGGAGAUGGUACUUUAGGCAGUUCUCCGAUGGCAAGUUCAACGCCUGUGUCUUUGCCAUCAUUUGAACAUCCAUCACAUGCAAUGCUGAAAGAAAACGGGUUUACACAGCUGAGAUAUGAGAAGUUUAGAAUAAAGUGUCUCAAAGAACGAAGUCGUCUUGGUAUUGGUCAGAGUCAAGAAAUGAACACACUCUUUCGUUUUUGGUCAUUCUUUCUUAGAACUCAUUUCAACAAGAAAAUGUAUGAAGAAUUUAAAAAGUUAUCCCUUGAUGAUUCAAGGCAUGGAUAUAGGUACGGUGUUGAGUGUCUAUUCAGAUACUACAGUUACGGGCUAGAGAAGAAAUUUAGAAAGGAAGUGUUUGAUGACUUCCAAGAGCAGACGCUGGCAGACUUCAAAAACGGUCAGCUGUAUGGCUUGGAAAAAUUCUGGGCGUUCCUGAAGUAUUACAAAGGAAAACCAGUCACUGUUGGUGCAGACCUAAACGAGAAACUGUUGCAGUAUCGCACGUUGGAUGAUUUCAGACGAGAGGCAUCUCGCGCCUGCGACGAAGGGAGGAAUGACACUGACAGCUGAUCUGGCGUCGCGGGGGCGUAUUCUCAGAAGAAGUGAGAGAGAGAGAAAGAGAGAGAGCUAGCAAGCUCUUGUGUCAAUAUAUUUCGUGAUAAAUAGGACCGACUGAUAGUUGUAUAGUGGAGUUGUGCUCAUCAGACGUAGUCUAUAUAUCUAUUGUAUUUCUAUUCGUGCUACACGGAUAUCGAUGCCUGUACAAACCCUAGUCACUGUGACUUUUCUUUUAUACCUUCUCCAUACCAUUAGAUGUAAUUGCACUUUCAAGAGAUGCGGGUGUUUGUUUACAUAUAACCGUUUGGGUGUCCA